AUGGCUCCCUACCCCCGGACCAAAUUUCUCGUCGAACCCACACCCCCCAACGGCCUCGACGUCCUCGCCACCGAGCACGUCAUCCGCGGCGAGCUCAUAAUGUCGGACAAGCCCAUCCUCUGCUACGCCGGCGACGACGGUCCCCUGCACACCAACGGCGGGAUCUCACCCCAGAUCAGUUUGGAGCGGUACGAGAAGCUAUUCCGCGACUUCGACCGCUUGCCGUACGAACAGCGGAGGAUGUAUGACUGUCUGGUGCAUCACAAGCAUUUCGACCAGCAGGCAGAGCAGUAUACGCAUAAAUACCCGACGACGCAGAAGAUGGACCGGGAGCAUAUUCUGGUGUACGGCAAAUUCGAGCAGAACGCUUUCGUUGAGCAGAACUUGGCGGCACCAAGGGAGCAGCUGGAGAAGCCGAAGCGCGCGGUCUUUGUGGAUGCGGCGCGGUUCAAUCAUUCGUGCACGCCGAAUGCGUUUGCGAUGUUUGAUUGCAGCGCAAUAAUGACGGAUGAGUGGCGGCUUCAUGUGCGCGCGCUGCGGGAGAUCGACAUGGGCGAAGAGAUCACCAUCGCGUAUGUGCCGGUGCUGGUUCAUCCGGUUGGGAGGAACAACGACUUGAUGAAGAAAUUCAGUUUUAAGUGCAGGUGUAAAGCGUGCGGUCCCAAGGAGGGCGUGGCGAAACUUGGAUGGACCGAUUACGAGCCCGUGAGCGCCAGCAGGCGGCACAAGCUGUAUUUUCUGGACCUUACGUUCGUCAAGGAGAGCGCGAGCGAGCCCGAAGGACCCGAGGCCGAGGAGUUGAAGGUGACCAGGCGCAUUGAGCUGCUCGAACAGAGGUUGGCAUUGAUGACGGAGGAAGGAGUAGAAGGGUUGAGCAAGUCCGAAGCGUAA